CAUGCUAAUUCAGUUUCGUUGAAAGUUCGUUUAAAAAUAAACCAAAACAACAAUAAAAUUGUUUAAAAAAGUAUUUUCAUUAAUUCCCUACCUUUUUCGCCAUAACCAAUCACAUACUCGACAGACAUGAUAGCAGGAGGGCACGGAAAUCAGAAUCCCAAUGAAGAUUGGACAAUGUCAAAAGGAUUCUACAUGUUUUAUAUGCUAGUUGUCGCCGUUUUUCAUCUGAUCUUACUGUCAAUACCAUUUAUCUCAACGCCUAUGGCUUGGACUCUAACAAAUAUUACUCAUAAUCUCGCACAUCUCUAUUUUCUGCACAUUAUUAAAGGUGCCCCUUGGCAAUCGAUAGACUCACAUGAACACAUCAGAGAAACUCAUUGGGAGCAAUUAGACAGCGGCGUUCAUUGGACACUUCAGAGGAAGACACUAAUCUCAAUUCCAAUAAUCCUAUUUUUAUUAACAUGCAUGUACACCAGAAACGAUGAAAUCCACUUUAUAGCCAACUUUAUAUCUCUAAUAGUUUGCAUAAUCCCAAAGAUGCCGUCGUUUCAUCAUCGAAGACUAUUUGGCAUCAACAAAUACUAGACUGCAAUAUGUGAUUAAGUUUUGAAGAAAUCAUAUUUUAUUAAUCCAGUCAGAACAACUUUAGCUGGAUGCUAUCCAAGAAGAAAAACAAAGAUUUGUUUUUUUCUAUAAAUUUC